CUUUAACCUCCACACGGACGCCUUUCUGGAUGCACCAACCGGAAAUGUGUUCACGUCACAGGGCUGUCUGUGAUUAGGUAGUGGCAAAAAUAACCGUCAGACACCUGUAGUAGUAAAUCUCGACUGUGGCGUAAGCCAGCAUGGCCUCUGCCCCAGCACAGCAGCCCACUCUCACUGUAGAGCAAGCCAGAGUUGUUCUGGGUGAGGUGAUCCAGGCCUUUUCCGUACCCGAGAAUGCAGCCCGCAUGGAGGAAGCCAGAGAGAGCGCCUGCAACGACAUGGGCAAGAUGCUGCAGCUUGUGCUGCCUGUGGCCACCCAAAUCCAGCAGGAGGUCAUCAAAGCAUAUGGGUUCAACAAUGAGGGAGAAGGUGUACUGAAAUUCGCUCGUCUAGUAAAGAUGUAUGAAACCCAGGACCCAGAGAUCGCAGCUAUGUCAGUGAAACUCAAGAGUAUCUUACUGCCUCCUCUCUCCACUCCUCCCAUUGGCAGUGGAAUUCCAACCUCAUAGAACAACAGCACAAACUCCCGGUCAGUGGAGCACUGCUGUUCGCACGUGUGUCUUAAAGCGGGGAUGGUUAAAAACCAAAUGUUACAUAAAAGAAACAUUAGUGGUUAUUUCUACAUUCCCAUUUUCUUUAUAUUCAGUUGAUAAAAAUUCAAACAUUCAGAUCUUUUUUUGUCAUAUUUAUUCAUUUUCCUAUUGUAUUUUCCAGUGUUCAAUGUGCAUAUAUUUAUCAAAUGUAACACUCAUUUGUGAAUUUUAUUUGGAAGUUUUGUUGUUUUUAAAUCUUUUUAUACAGUUUUUGUCUGUGACACUGUCUUUAUGCGAUUGUUUGUCCAAUAAAAUCAUUUUUACUUAAAAGAAAACAUUUUUUUGCUGUUUGCAGCUUUAUUUGUUAUAGAUGUGACAGGAUAUGAUAUGGGAUGAGAGGGAGGGGAGUGGGAGUCCAUGAAAGGACCAUGAACCAGGGCUCGACCUCGGGUCAUCUGAUGUGCAGCUGAUGUAGCAAUAUGGCACACAGCACACUAAGCUGUUGUCGCUGACAGUUUUUUCAUCAUAAAGCAACCGUACAUCUGUGAAUGGAAGUACUGAAUGAUAAGCAUCUCUUAAAGUUUUACUUUUCAAUAACCCUGAACACCAAAACAUACAAAGCGUAUCUCACUGUCCUAACAGAAUAUUAUUGGCAAUAUGAAGUAGUUCUCACAAUGAUGCACAAAAUUGGACGGUGUAUAACAGG